AUGGGUGAAGGACAGGACUACGAAGAGCUAGAGAAGCAGCUGAAGGAAGUGUUUAAGGAGCGCAGCACAGUCCUGCGGGAGCUGACAAAGACGUCUCGAGAACUGGACGGGAUCAAAGUCAACCUUCAGUCUUUGAAAAAUGAUGAGCAAUCUUCCAAAACGGAUGUUCAGAAGCUUCUGGAGUUAGGCCAGAAGCAAAGGGAAGAAAUGAAGUCUCUCCAGGAGGCCCUGCAGAAUCAGCUUAAAGAGACAUCUGAGAAAGCAGAAAAGCAUCAGGCUACAAUUAAUUUUUUGAAGACUGAAGUGGAAAGAAAGAGCAAAAUGAUCCGUGACCUACAGAAUGAGAAUAAAAGCUUGAAGAACAAAUUGUUGUCCGGAAGCAAGCUGUGUGGGAUUCAUGCAAAAGAGUCAGAAAAAAUCCAAGCCCAACUGAAGGAGCUCCGUUAUGGGAAGAAAGAUUUGUUAUUUAAGGCCCAGCAGCUCACCGAACUGGAGAAGAAGUUAGCUGUUGCCAAACAUGAGCUUGAGAAAGCAGCUCUUGACAAAGAAUCACAGAUGAAAGCAAUGAAAGAGACUGUACAACUCUGCUUGACGUCGGUUUUCCGUGAUCAGCCUCCUCCUCUCAGUCUCUUCCCAUCAAAUCCAUCACAGACAUUGCAUCCACCCAGGACAAUUGCUUCCACGAUUCCAGAUUCGAGGACAAAAAGCGAGAAGGAUGUUUUUAUGGCACCUCUGACAGCAGAGGUCUAUUGGCUCCCACCAUGGUCUGUCUUGUCCUCAGAAAGUCAUGGAGAUCUUGUGGUCAUCAGUCCAAAGGACCAGUCCUCACAUGCACUCCAGCAGGUCACAGAUGAGGCAGCUGCUAGGGUGAGACAGCCCAUGAUCCAGAAUGUGUGUCUGGGUGGUAGAUUGCUGAUCAGGUAUCUGCAGUCACCAGAAGAAAGUGUCAGAUUUCCUGUGAUCUGCCCAAUGUUGGUGCUGGGAAUUGAAACUGGGUUCUUAGGAGAAGCAGCCAGCACUCUUAAGUGA